ACAGCAGCAGCAGCAGCAGCAGCAGCAGCAGCAGCAGCAGCAGCAGCCUCCGCCCGCCCGUGCAGCCCAGGUGGACACCGAGCAGAAUCGAGACGGGAUCCCAGCCAGGCAGGGCAUGUUCCCUUCGGAUGGACAGCUCGGACCCCAGGUGGCCGAAGAGGAUCCCCGCAUGAUGGAGCCUAGGACCGAGAACGAGGAGGACGGUCACUCGGUGAUGAUCGACCCAGCCCCUGCAGUGCCCCCAGAGCCAGCAGGACCCGCUCUCCUGCUUGGCAGCCCAUCCUGCGGACUGGCUGAUGACCUCCCCAUCCCCGGCCACCGGCAGGAGCUCUUCCCGGCAUGGCGUGGGCCCCUACGGGUGGCCAGCGGCCUGUCCCUGGGUGCCUUCCUUUACAACUUCCUGCGAGACGUAGUGCAGCCGUUCGUCUCCUCCAGAGACAACGUCUUUUACAAGGUCCCCGUGCUGGUGACGAACAAGAUGUUGGCUGACGUGGCACUCACAAUGCUGGCCCUGGUCUACCUCCCCGGCGUGCUGGCCGCCAUCUGCCAGCUGCUCCGCGGUACCAAGUACCGGCCCUUCCCGGUUUGGCUGGACCGCUGGAUGCGGGCGAGGAAGCAGCUCGGCCUUCUCGGCUUCUUCUUCGCCGGCCUGCACGCUCUGUACAGCCUGUCCUACCCUGUGCGCAGAUCCUACAGAUACAAACUGCUCAACUGGGCCUACCAGCAGGUCCAACAGAAGAAAGAAAAUGCCUGGGUCGAGCAUGAUGUUUGGAGAAUGGAAAUUUACGUCUCCCUGGGAAUUUUGGGGCUGACCCUGCUGGCCCUCCUGGCUGUGACCUCCAUCCCCUCUGUCGAUGACUCUUUGACCUGGAGGGAGUUCCGGUGGAUUCAAAGCAACUUGGGGACAGCAUCCCUCCUCGUGGGCACAGCCCACGUGUUUGUCUUCACCUGGAACAAGUGGGUGCACCCCAGCCAAUUUGUGUGGUACACUCCGCCCACCUUCCUACUCGUUGUGCUCCUCCCAUUGGCAGUCCUGGUGGGCAAAGCUAUCCUGGCCCUCCCGGGCAUCAGGUGGAAGGUCCAGAGGAUCCGGCGUGGUUGGGAAGACCCUGCCCACAAACUCCCAGAAGACAUGGGAUCCAGACUGUAGAGAGGUCGGAGGGCAAGCAGGUGAACUGGUGAUUUUCCUGGAAUAAUUUAGUAGCGUUUGGCGUCGGUUGGUUCAUUUCAGAAGAUACGGUUCUUUUCAACCCUCUGGCUUUUUUCCCAUUUGUUUGGAUCUGGGGAGGCACAACUGGAAUACAGAUACUUCCUUUUUGAUUUGGUUCA